AUGCAAGGGAAGAUGCGAGCUUGGAGAGGAACGCUCGAAAAGAAAUGGGAGUCAUUGGAAACAUGGAGGAGGGUGUCGGAUGCCUUGUUUGUUGCUGCUUUCAUAUCUGUGUUGGUUUUUUCCGCGGUGGGGGCAGCCUUGUCCGUGAAGCUUGUAGUGACUGCUUUGACUAGUGUAUUGACAGUUGCUAUAGUUCCGCCAUGGAAAUGGUACGACGAGUGUUGGAAUCAUAACAAGGAAAAGGUGAAAAAGCAGAAGAAAUUAACAAAUACAAUGUUGUUCUUUGCUCCUUGUACAAUCGACAUAAGCGGGGAUGUGGGCCUAUUGGAAAUUAAGAUCAAGUCACUGAUGAGGACCAUUGAUAUCGUGCUCGGAGAAGAAUAUUUGUUGAAGGUCGCAAUGAAUGAGAUCAAUGAAAAGUCUAUACAUAUUGUGAAAACCAUCACAGAUUUGCUUUGGCAGGCCGAUAACUGUGGUCGUAAUAUUAGGAAGAAUUGGCAAAAGAUUUUGCAGCAGAUGAUAGACUAUCCUUGGGAACUUUAG